AUGAUCGACCGAGACACAGAAACCUCACUGCGAUAUCUUCGUGAAGUGAUUCGAAGUGGGAAAACGGAGAUUAUUCCCUCCUCCGCUCAAGCCGUCUUAAACAGUCUUGCCAACAGCAAAUGCUGUCGAGAUCCGGGUCUACAGGAUGCUUUGAUAAACUUGCUGAAAUUUGUCGAUCAUCAUGUGGAUGUACAAUCAACAUCGAAACUUGAUCAACCUGAAGGGAUGCGGCUCGUUGAUGAGCUGCAAAAAGAACUACUCUCUUCUCGAAGUCGACCACAACCAGAAGAAUCAAUCUCCUCAUAUGAAGUGGAAGAGCCGGAUGAAGGCAUUGGAAGCACUGUCUCCAACGCGAGUACUGGCCCCGAUCCUGGCCUUGAUGAACUACUCACACAGCUAAAUUUAAGACAAGUGGCCAAAUUUGAGCCAAAAUUCCCUGAAAUGAACGGAGAAUCCGAGGAGGAAGAUGGAGGAGUGCUGACAGAAGAAAGAAAAGAGGAAAGAGCAGAGAAACAUGGGCAAAAGACUUGCGAAGAAGAAGUGGAGACAUUACCCGAUGGGACAGAGGUCAGGAGGAAGAAGACAAGAACGGUGAACAUGUCACAAAGUAGUCGACAGGUAACAAUCAGCACACGUGGCGGUGGAGUUCCAUGUGUUUCGCGGCGUUUCAUUGAUGGAAACCAUUCGAUGAAUGACGACACCGACUUUGAGACAACCGAUUUCUUCACUUCCCCAUUGUCAAGUUUUAGAAUGAAGCGUGACCGGGCAAAUUUUCUCAAUCCCGAGCAAUCAAUCGGUUUUGAAUCGACAUCAAGUGAACCCGGGCAAUCUCAAAAAACAAAGACCGUCGAAGCGACGAGUGAAGUGACACAAAGUGUUGCUCAAAAGACGCAAAAGAAUGGACGAGUGCUGGCGGAGAAUGCGGCUCACAAAAUCGAUACCACGGAAUUGAAUGCUCGACAAAUUGACACAUUCAAGGGCAAGCAGCUAACGGAUCGAAAAGGUGAUGGCACAUAUGAGGAGGCGACAAUAUUUCGCGGUGACGUUCCAACCAAAAAGGAUCCGAAUGCCGAUGAAUUUCUGAGAGGGACAACACUGGCGACAUAUGUGCGAUUGAACGACAGUUUACGCCUUCACGAGGAGCAAUUCCGCAAGAAACUCACCCUUCGAAUUCUCAUCGUCUGG